AUGUCGGGGCUGCUCUUCGAGAGGUUUAUUGCCAAGCCAUGUGCCAUAAACCUUGGCAUUCAAGACAGUGGACCUCACAGAGCCCAGCCCAAUGCAAUUUUAGAGAAAGUGUUUACAUCCAUCACUAAGUCUCCAGAUGGAAAAAGGUUAGAAGGCCUGUCAAAGCAGCUAGACUGGGAUGUUCGAAAGAUCCAGCGCUGGUUUCGGCAUCGGAGGAACCAGGACAAACCCACCACCCUCACUAAAUUUUGUGAGAGCAUGUGGAGAUUUACAUUUUAUUUAAGUAUAUUUUUAUAUGGAAUCAAGUUCCUCUGGUCGGCACCCUGGUUUUGGGACACACGACAGUGCUGGUACAACUACCCUUUUCAGCCUCUAACAUCCAGGCUUUAUUAUUACUAUAUCUUGGAGCUGGCCUUCUAUUGGUCUCUCAUGUUUUCUCAGUUUACAGACAUUAAGCGGAAGGACUUCCUGAUCAUGUUUCUCCAUCAUUUGGCUACAAUUGGACUCAUCACAUUCUCUUACAUGAAUAAUAUGGUGCGGGUUGGGACUCUGGUGCUGUGCCUGCACGAUGCAUCAGAUUUCCUUUUAGAGGCUGCAAAGCUCGCCAAUUAUGCCAAGUACCAACGUCUGUGUGAUGCCUUCUUCAUGCUCUUUGGCAUUGUGUUCAUUGUGACACGACUGGGCAUCUUCCCUUUCUGGAUUUUGAAUACAACCUUAUUUGAAAGCUGGGAGCUCAUCGGCCCUUACCCUUCAUGGUGGCUCUUCAAUGGCCUCUUGAUAACCUUGCAGAUCUUGCAUAUUAUUUGGUCCUAUCUCAUCAUUCGCAUUGCCUACAAGGCCCUUGUGCGGGGAAAGGUAUCCAAAGAUGACCGCAGUGAUGUAGAGAGCAGCUCCGAAGAGGAGGAUGCCACUUCUAACAGCACAAAAGGAGUUUUCAGCACUUCAAGCAAUGGCUCCAACCGUGUUAAUGGCCACGUGGCCAGUGGCCAGUGGCCAGAAGAGGAGUAGAACUGUGGGUUGGCCUUGAGCAAACACGAACUUGUCUUUAAAUGUCUAGAAGUCUUGAGCUCCACAUUCCCAAGUGAUCUUUAAUCAAGAUACCCCUUCCCCAGAAACCUCCAGCGAAUCUGAAAUGAGUACAGCUUGGACCAGUGAGAGGCUUUAUGUAACAGAAGGGAUAAAGCCAAUUACUGGGGCAAAAAACAAAGCUGCAGAUUUCAUUUUAAGCCGUUUUGUACUUAAAUCA